CGUGUCGUUCCAUGAUGUGAAGCACCAUGAGGACCAAUACAGCUCUUUAGUUCGAUGGCACAAGAUAAGAUGCCCCUUAAAAACCCUAGCUCUCGUUUUAAAGGGUUCCUCUCUUGCGUUAGUCGCGUCGUCGUCCCCCAGCACUAGCGAGACACCGCAACCUCUUCUGACGAAGCAAGCUCCAAUGGGGAUCGAUCUGGUCGCAGGAGGUAAGAGCAAGAAAUCCAAGCGUACUGCUCCGAAAUCCGAUGAUAUCUACCUUAAACUCCUCGUCAAGCUUUAUCGGUUCCUUGUUCGGAGAACUGGCAGCAAGUUCAAUGCAGUCAUUCUUAAGCGCUUGUUCAUGAGCAAAACCAACAAGCCACCACUUUCUCUGUCUAGGUUGAUCCGUUACAUGAAGGGAAAGGAUGGUAAGAUUGCUGUGGUUGUGGGAACCGUGACCGAUGAUAUUAGGGUUUAUGAAGUUCCUGCCUUGAAGGUCACAGCACUGAGAUUUACUGAGACAGCUAGGGCGAGAAUUGAGAAGGCUGGCGGUGAGUGCUUGACGUUUGACCAACUGGCUCUGAGGGCUCCACUGGGACAGAACACGGUUCUUCUCAGAGGUCCAAAGAAUGCUCGUGAGGCAGUGAAACACUUUGGUCCCGCACCUGGUGUGCCACACAGCCACAGCAAGCCCUAUGUACGAUCAAAGGGAAGGAAGUUUGAGAGGGCCAGAGGAAAGAGGAACAGCAAGGGAUUUAGGGUUUGAGUUGAUUUUGGUACCCUUGUUGAGGAAGAAAUGUUAUUUCUGACUAUGGUGAUCCAAAUUUUUGCUAGACUAUCGUCAUGUAGAUAUGGCAUGGCGGGUUGUAUUUGUCUUUCUUACUUUGAUGUUGGCUAUGGACAUGAUCUUUUAAUGCUUGUUACUUCAGACGUCUCAUUUCUA